AUGGAUGCAUCAGGUUGCGAUGAAGAAGUCCCAUGUUCAGCUUGUAUCAGACACAAAGUCCGCUGCAGUCUCGAAUUAUCACAGGAAGAACAACAGAGUCUUGCGCCCCCUCGCUCCAGUCCUGCGUCUCUAAUGUCGGGCUCUUUAUUCUCCAAUCCUCUUGAGGAACCCGACUGCUGGGUAUCAACAGCUGAGCUGAUGCUCCACUACACCACCGUCACAUACAAGACCAUGGUCUUUACCGAAAGUACCGUCACCACAUUCCAAGAAACCAUGCCGCGAGAAGCUCUCGCGUAUCCAUUCUUCCUCCGUCAAAUACUGGCAUUUUCCGGUUAUCACCUCGCCCAUCUUCACCCUGAUAAACGACAAUUUUAUUUGCUACAAGCAUCAAAACACAUCAACUCCUCAAUUCGUGGUAUCAGAGAAGCACUUUCGGAGGAAGUAACGUCCAAAAACUGCCACGCUUUAUAUGGUAGCACCACAUUCGUCGUGGUCAACAAAUUUGCUGCAUUCCCCAACUGCGAUGACUUUCGCAGCCACGAAUGUUUAUUACCGGUACAAAGUCUUAUGGAGAUUUUUUCUCUUGUCAACGGUAUGGAAGCCGUGUUGAAAACGCCAGGCGCUGCGGAUCUUAUCAGGGGUCCUUUGAAAGAACUUUUCUGCGAAACCACAACAAUCCAUACGAUAAGCCCUCUUCUUAGCGGUCUCUCAAAAAGACUACCCGAGCUUGCGAACAGGAUAGCAAUCGACCUUAUGGAAGAUCAUUGCCGUCCUGCGUUGAUCUCAGCCGUGCAGUCCAUCACGACUUGCGUGAACGAUUCACUUGGAGAACUAAACAAAGCGUCGCCUCCAGAGUUGAGGAUAAUCUUUUGGUGGCCCAUGACUGUGUCGAGAGAUUUCCUGGACCUAGCAGUGUCUGGACAUCCGAUGGCUCUUGUGAUACUGGCGUAUUAUGACAUUUUGUUGUAUUGGGGUGAGUCGCAGUAUUGGUUCUUUGAGAAUUGGGCCGAGAUUCUUCUUACUGCUAUCAUGGACAAAGUUAAGGGAUCGUCGUGGGAGGAUUUGUUGAAUUGGCCUAUUGAAGUAAUCAUGAAUUCAUAG